UGCAGCUUUGUUCGCUUAUUAGCCUAACGUCGCAGUUAGAACCCGGAGUUCAAUCAGCUUUGACAGCGGGUCUUGCUGGGGAAACUCCCGAUGCCCUAGUAGCUAAAAGCAUACCUAUCUACGAAACACCACACACACCUACGAUAUUUAUAAUAUGAGGUCGCUUUGUGACGAGCCGCCGGCAGUGGUAGCGACAGUGCCUUUCGGCAGAGAAAUGCGCCAGGCUCACUUCAACUUCGCUUCUUCUUACACUCCACUGAACCAUGGUUCGUUCGGGGCCUUCCCCUCGUGUGUUCGAGAUUAUCAGCAGCGGCUGCAGUGCGAAACUGAAGCCAAGCCAGACACCUUCAUACGUUUCAUAUAUCCUAGACUCCUACGAGAAGCAAGGGAGACUGUCGCUCCGCUAUUAGGGGCAGAAACUGACGAAGUAGUUUUCGUACCUAAUGCACUUACUGCGAUUAACACUGUCUUGAGAAAUGUGACAUAUCAAGACGGCGAUGUCAUACUGUAUUUCAGUACCAUCUAUGACGCAUGCCUCAAGACUAUUCAGUCGCUAGAGGAGACUACCGGGGUCGGAGGGUAUUGUAUCGAUCUGAUCUACCCAAUCGAGGAUGGAGAGAUUCUCGAGAGAUUCCGUGCGGCGAUCCUUGACAUUCAGAAGCAGGGCAGUUCGGUCAAGCUAGCCAUGUUUGACACAAUCCUCACUUUUCCCGGAGUUCGAUUCCCAUGGGAACGUCUAGUCUCCAUAUGUAAAGAACAUGGUAUCCUUAGUUACAUAGACGGCGCACAUGGAAUAGGUCACAUCGACUUACGACACGUUGGCCGUAUCGGACCGGAUUUUUUCAUAUCCAACUGCUACAAGUGGUUCAUGGUUCCUCGUGGGUGCGCGGUGUUAUACGUACCCUUUCAUAACCAGGCUCUAAUCAGGACGACUUACCCAACUGCGGAAGGUUAUCAGCCAGUAGCUCACCGAGAGAUGAUGUCUCGAAGGAGCUAUUUUGUCAAUCUGUUUGAGAAGGUAUCCACGAUAGAUACUACUCCGUACAUAUGCGUCAUAGAAGCGUUGAAGUUCCGAAAUCAGGUUUGUGGUGGUGAAGAACGGGUACGCAACUAUUGCAUUAAUCUCGCAAAGGAAGGCGGCGAGUUGAUGGCCGCGAUACUGGGAACGGAGGUUCUCGAGAACAAAACGGAAACGCUUCGAAACUGUUAUUUCACUAACGUAAGGUUACCAUUAGAAGUAGCAGAAACAGCAGAAGAACCGGAUGAAUCCGGCCAGGCGAUGCGUAAGGUUCCAGCUAAAGAGGCAAAGGCUGUGGCCGACUGGAUUACCAUCACGACAGUGGAGGAAUUCGACACAUUCAUAGCGACAAGAUAUUACGCCGGCGCUUUUUGGAUUAGGCUAUCCAGUCAGAUCUACCUUGACAAGGCCGACUUCGAAUGGGCCGCAAAUGUUCUGCUCGAUCUUUGUACCCGAGUAAGAAAAGGUUUACGGUUGACAUAGGAGUUAGGCUGCCUGUUCUCCUAAGAAGAGUCAUAAAAAAAUUUCGAUGAAAGGUAGGGCCACUAGAUCUGAGCAACGUGUUCCUGGGGGUGUCGGCACUCGACGACUUCCCAAACCUCUAAAUCAUACAAUGUGCCCAAUCAGAGCAUUCAAUAGACGGUAAUAAAGGUAAGAAGAGAGCGAAUACCAUAUAUAUAAAUCUAUUUAUUAUAUUAUUUGUUGUUAAACUCAUUGG